AUGGAGUCGAAAAUAACUGCACCAACAACUGCCGCUUCCCGCACUACAGUCAUGUCGCAAACGAUGGCCAUGGCCUCUAAGACACUCACGCAACCCAAUGAACUUGACAUCCAUGUCAGAAACUCCGGACCACCUCAUCAUCAGAACGGAUCCAGUACAGUACUAGAGAAUACAUCUCCCUCUCCAGGAGAUAACAAUGAUUCUCCUGUCGCCUCCGGCGGAUCUGAAACUGCAGAACGUAAAUCCAAGAGAACCCUGGCGCAAAUCGCUACGGUAAUGGUCUCCCUCUGCGCCUGCGUUUUCCUCGCUGCUCUCGAAGUAACAAUCGUCUCAACUGCUCUUCCGACAAUCGCGGCCCAUUUCGCUUCUGACUCGGGCUAUACCUGGAUCGGUACAUCCUUUGUCCUUGCACACACUGCUUCAACUCCAUCGUGGGGGAAGAUAUCUGAUAUCUGGGGAAGAAAGCCGAUUCUACUUGUUGCCAAUGUUAUCUUCUUUGCUGGAAGUCUUGUGUGCGCUCUUGUCGAUGACCUGGCUGUCUUUAUUGCCGGGCGUGCUAUCCAAGGACUAGGCGCUGCAGGCAUGCAGACGUUGGUCAACAUUUGUAUCAGCGAUAUGUUUUCGCAGAGGGAUCGAGGUUUAUAUUAUGGCCUAACAUCGAUUGUGUGGGCAGUUGCGUCUGGUGUUGGCCCUGUUCUUGGAGGUGCUUUCACGGAUCAACUCAGUUGGCGGUGGUGUUUCUGGAUCAACUUACCUAUUACCGCCGCAGUCUUCGUUUUACUUUUUCUCACUCUCAAAUUGCCGUCUCCCAACACUCCUGUAUGGGCAGGUCUCAAAGCCAUUGAUUGGCCAGGUAGUUUUCUCAUAGUCGGAGGGACUCUGAUGUUACUACUGGGUCUCUAUUUGGGCGGAGUCUACGAACCGUGGGAUUCAGCAAAGGUCAUCUGCCUUAUCGUCUUCGGUAUCAUCACUGCACUUCUAUUCGUUUGGAACGAGUGGAAGUUGGCAGAAUAUCCUGUGAUACCGGUGCAUAUCUUCAAAAGUUGGUCAUCGUCAGCAGCCUAUGCUGUUACCUUCUUCCACGCCUUCGUGUUUAUGGGUGUUGCUUACUAUUUCCCCUUAUACUUCCAAGCAGUUCUUCUGGCAAGCCCACUUCAAUCAGGAAUCUACCUUCUUCCAUUCAUUCUCUCUAUUUCCAUAUCUGCUGCAAUUACGGGAGCAUAUAUUCAGUUCAGUGGAAAUUAUCUUCUGGUCUCACGUAUUGGAUUGGUCAUCAUGACUUUGGGCAUAGGGCUCAUGAUCAACCUGGAUAUGCAUUUGAACUGGGCAAAGCUUGCUAGCUUCCAGUUAUUGACUGGUAUCGGUGUAGGAAUGAACUUCGAGGGGCCCCUGUUAUCGGUUCAAGCUGUGGUGCCGCAUGAGGAUGUGGCAGCAGCUACAACCUCGAUGAGCUUUACCAGGACUAUCGCAACAGCGAUCUCCGUGGUUAUUGGAGGUGUUCUAUUCCAAAAUGAGAUGAAGGCAGGGAAUCAAAUCCUCGUGGACAAACUGGGCUCUGAACUCGCCAAGCUGUUCGAUGGAGCGUCAGCAUCCGCAAGUGUUGAUCUUGUCAAAACGCUCCCUGUUGAGUCACAGCUUACUGUUAGAGCCGCAUUCUUCCACUCUCUCGAUAAGAUGUGGAUAAUGUAUACCGUAUUCUCGAGUGGCGGGCUGUUGCUCAGUCUCUUCAUGAGGGCACAGCACCUAAGCAAAGAGCGGAAAGAUGCUCAUUUGGGUAUUAAAAGCAAAACACAAGUAGAGACUUCAGCAGAUGGUGCUGCGACUUUGGCAGACAACCACGAGAACCACGAACUGAGAAGCAUCACUCCAAACGCUAGUGAGGUCACAGUCAUCGCGAUGAGUGAACCACGUUAUAAAGGUCUCUCGACCGCGAGGAAUACUCCAUCAGUCGAUGGUCCCCCAAAGGCUUCUAUCGCACGUGAACCGGACCAAAGCAUUACUACUCCUUUGCUUCGCAACCACCCGAGAUCUUCGACACAUGAAGAGACGUCGUUUCACCAAGAUGGUAUCGAUGAUGAGAUGGGGAAAAGGACGUUGGCUAAAAUAGACCGUGCCAUUAUUCCUCUUCUAUUCAUAACGUACAUGUUCAAUUUCAUGGACAAGGUCAUAUUGUCUAGUGCGGCUGUAUUCGGGUUACGCGAAGAUACCCAUCUCAAAGGUCAACAGUACAGCUGGGCAGGAAGUGUCUUUUACCUAGGUUAUCUCCUGUGGACUUACCCAACCACCGUUCUUGUCGCACGGCUGCCGACUGGAAAAUACAUUACAGCAAACACGAUAUUCUGGGGCUUGGUUGUUGCGUUUACUGCCGCAUGUCAGAACUUUGGCGGUCUCUUGACCGUGCGCUUCUUACUCGGUAUCGCUGAAGCGACAAUAACACCAGGCUUCAUGUUUCUCACCUCUACAUGGUACACUCGUGACGAGAUGCCAGCUCGUGUAGGGAUUUGGUUUUCUGGGAAUUCUGUUGGAGGGUUGGUCGCCAGUUUACUCGCGUUCGGAAUCGGACAUAUCGAGAGCACGACAAUACGACCGUGGAGAUGGAUGUAUAUCAUUUUGGGCACUGCUACCUUUCUUUGGUCCAUUCCGUUGUUCCUUUUCCUUCCAGACAACAUCUCCAAGGCCAGGUUUCUCUCACCAGAAGAGAAAAAAGUCGCAGCACAGCGCGUGUCCACUUCUGGCACCGGUAAGACUGAGGGUACGCACUGGAGAUGGGACCAGGUGCGCGAAUGCUUGGUUGAUCCCAAGUCCUGGCUCAUUGUUGGUAUCGAACUGUUUACCCAAAUUCCGAACGGUGGCUCUCAAAGCUUUGCCAAUAUUGUCGUCGAAUCUUUUGGCUUCACUAACUUGCAGUCUACGUUGAUCAACAUACCCUAUUCGCUUCUUUCGGCUGGUAUAAUUGCAGGCAGCGAUCAUCUAGCUGGUCGCUUCCGUACUCUGAACUGUCUCUUGAUCAUUGCGGUAAUCCUGCCCUGUGUUGUAGGCAGUGCCGUCAUUUACAGGCGGAAUCAUGUGCCCCAGAGCCUGCAUUUGGUUGCGUACUUUCUCCUUUCAACCGGCUCUGCGGCAAUGCCUCUUAAUAUGGCUCUUGUGCAGUCCAACUACAGAGGGGUCACCAAGAAGAUGACCAUAACAGCUAUGUUAUUUGCCACAUACUGCCUUGGAAACAUGGCUGGGCCGCAUUUCUUCCUCAAAUCCGAGGAUCCGCUCUAUGCUUUGCGCAUUGUGCUUGAGCAAUCAAAAAUGUCGUGGAGAAGCCAAGGAAUCACCGGUUCUAACAACAUCCCUCUUGGCAAGCGCCGCUUUGGGGGCGACGAGGAAGAGGAAUUCGAUGGUGGCGAUUCCGCUGUUGAUCGCGACCUGAAGCGAGGACGCGAUCCUGAACCUCGCGGCGAAUCUGAUGGGCCCCGACGACGAAAGAAGCGAAACAGAUGGGGUGACGCAUCCGAGAACAAAGCCGCUGGCCUCAUGGGCUUGCCCACUGCUAUCUUGUCCAACAUGACAAGCGAGCAGCUCGAGGCCUACACGCUGCAUUUGCGAAUCGAGGAAAUCUCCCAGAAGCUUCGCAUCGACGAUGUCGUCCCAGCUGAUGGUGAUCGAUCACCUUCUCCCGCACCCCAGUACGACAACCACGGCCGACGUAUCAACACACGAGAAUACCGAUACCGAAAGCGACUCGAAGAUGAGCGCCACAAGCUCAUUGAGAAGGCCAUGAAGACCAUUCCUAACUACCAUCCUCCUCAGGACUACCGCAGACCUACCAAGACCCAGGAGAAGGUCUACGUUCCUGUCAACGAUUACCCGGAGAUUAACUUCAUUGGAUUACUUAUCGGCCCUCGUGGUAACACUCUGAAGAAAAUGGAGGGAGACUCAGGUGCCAAGAUCGCCAUUCGUGGCAAGGGCUCCGUCAAGGAGGGUAAAGGCCGGUCUGAUGCCGCGCAUGCCAGUAACCAGGAAGAGGAUCUGCACUGUCUCAUCAUGGCCGAUACCGAGGACAAGGUCAACAAGGCCAAGAAGCUUAUUCACAACGUCAUCGAGACUGCUGCGUCUAUUCCCGAAGGUCAGAACGAACUCAAGCGUAACCAGCUCAGAGAACUCGCUGCACUCAACGGUACCCUUCGAGACGACGAGAACCAGGCUUGCCAGAACUGUGGCAAGAUUGGCCAUCGCAAGUACGACUGCCCUGAGAAGCAGAAUUACACUGCCAGCAUCAUCUGUCGCGUCUGUGGUAACGCGGGUCACAUGGCUCGCGAUUGUCCUGACCGCCAGCGUGGUGCCAGCUGGCGUAACGGCGAAGCGGGAGCCCGCCCUGCUGGCCGUAUUGAUGGCGGAGAUGCUGUCGACCGUGAAUACGAGCAACUCAUGCAAGAGCUUGGCGGAGGAUCUUCCGGAGCUCCUGCACGUAUCGAGGCCGGCCCUGGUGGCCAGAGCGGCGGCGACGCGAAGCCCUGGGAACGAGGUCCUACCGGUGGACCUGCACCAUGGCGCAGUCGCAACCAAGAUUCUAACGAAGGAGGAUCAGCAGCUCCUUGGGCUCGGGACCGUGAUGGUCGUAACCAAGAUCAACACGCUGGUAACAACGGCGACAGCUACUAUGGUCAGGCAUAUGGCGCUGCUUCAGGCGCUGCUGCUCCCUGGCAGCAACAAGCUCCUGGAACUCAGGGUGGGUAUGGCGCUUACGCUGCCUACGGUGCCUACGGAGCUGCUCCUGGAAUGGGCGCUCCUCCUGGCCUCGCUGCUCCCGGUGGUGCAGCUCCUCCCCCUCCUCCUGGUGCGCCCCCAGGUCUGGGCGACCUUAACGCCUUCAUCCAACAGUAUGCUGGCGCAGCACCUCCUCCCCCGCCGCCUUCUGGCGACGCUCCUCCACCACCUCCCAGUGACCAGCCCCCGCCUCCUCCCCCAGGAAACUAA